AUGGGCAUAGAGCAGGCAGACAAUGGCGUCCUCAGCUCUGACUCUCUGGUGCCAGUGAACAUAGUUCAACUUGGUGAAGCGGCAACCUUAACAUGUGCUUUACCGAAAGAGCUGAGCAGUAAAGCAAUCUACUGGUACAAGCAGAACAUUGGAGAAACUCUUAAAUUGAUAUUGGCACUGUAUAAAAAUACACCACCGGAAUAUGGUCCUGAAUUUUCAAAUUCAAGAUUUAAUGUAAAUAAUGAUAAAAAUUUUAGCAACUUGAUGAUUCUGAAGACAAUCCAAGAGGAUGAGGGAAUCUAUCACUGUGGAAUCACAGAGUGGAUUAAUGCUGAAUGGAGUGGGACAUACCUGUUAGUGAAAGGAAACAUUCAGAGGACAUCAAACUACUCUGUUGUCCAGCAGCCGACAGAAUCAAAACCGCACCGUACAGGAGACACAGUGACUCUUGAGUGUUCAGUCCUCUCUGAGUCUCAGAAUGAGGCAUGUCCAGGAGAUUAUAAUGUCUUUUGGUUCAGAGCAGGAUCACAAAAAUCUCACCCAAACAUCAUCUACUCUGAUGGAAAUAGAAAAAACGAAUGUGAGAAAAGAUCAGAGACUCAGAAAAACUGUGUUUAUCACUUCUCUAAAAAUGUCAGCGCUUUUGAUGCUGGGACUUACUACUGCGCUGUGGCCACAUGUGGAGAGAUUAUAUUUGGAAAUGGAUCUUCAGUGGAACUUGGUACGAUUAUGAAUUAA